AUGACCUCCUUCCUUUCAACCGAACAACUCCCUUCCCCGCCAUUUACUUCGGGAUUACCCACCCUUGAACCCAUCCGCUCCGACAUGUCGGUCCCUCUCUCGGCCACGGUCAGCCCCACGGUGAUGAAGACCCCCGUCAUCCGCGAAUUCAACCCCGAUGCCGCUUCGGAUGACGACGAAGAUGAUGACUCUCGACCGAGCAAGAAGACGAAACGUGCUGGGAUGGAUGACGAUGAUGGUGGAGAGAAGGGACGUCGCAAAAUUGAGAUCGAGUUAGUACUUGCGAGAUCUCUGACUGUCGGCGUGGGCCAAGGGCGCACUGCCUAGGAUACGGCGGGGUCUCUUCGGGACUCUUCCAUUUUACUGACGUCUGGUCUACCCUUACCAGAUAUAUCACCAAGAAGGAGAAACGCCACAUCACUUUCUCGAAGCGAAAAGCAGGGUACGUCCUCCUCUGGCCGCCACCUAGUCACCGGCAGGCUUUUGAGGGGCCACACUGACUCCGCGCCUCUCUCCCGCCUGUCUCGGUAUACGUCUCAACCCAACAGAAUCAUGAAGAAGGUGCGUAUUGUAGGAUUUUUGAAGACGGAGCGAGUUGUCCCUUACUGACCCAUCCUUGCGUUCCGCUCCCGGCAGGCAUACGAACUAGCCACGCUCACUGGAACUCAAGUGCUUCUGCUGGUGGUCUCGGAAACAGGUAUUGUGAGUCCUUGAUCCGGACCUGUGCGACUCGGGACUGCAGAAGUCUUGAUGGAAAAUUUCACAACUACCUCGCGGUUGAAGACGGAACUGACAUUGCUUCUGCUUCUGCUUCUGCUUCUGCUCCGUUUUCGACUGCGCAUCACUUAUUACCGGCAGGUUUACACUUUUGUGAGUCAUUCUGGUCUUUAAGGGAAGUCGAAGUCACUCGAAAAGCUGAUUUGACCCUUCUGUCCCCCAGACCACCUCUAAAUUUCAACCCCUGGUGGGGGCGGCGGAGAACGGGAACCCCUCCGAGGGUCAGCGUCUAAUUCAGCAAUGUCUGGUGAGUACACAUUGGAGCCGUGACAGCAGAAGGAGGUACCAUAGAUACCUUUUCCGGGCUUCGGGGAUUCUGACUUGAUCUCUCCGUACCUCUCAGGCCGUAACUCCCGAAGAUGGAAGCGACUACAUCUCGCCUCCCCCCGACGGACCUUUGCUCCCUUUGCCGCCCUCGGCGCAUAAGCGACCUUUUGAAGCCAACUCGUCGAUCCAUGGUGGCCAAAUUGCUCUGAGAACACGUGUCCACCGCCCCUCGGGUCGUAGCAAAGGCCGCCCUUCAGCGAUCCUCACCGGUGCGCCCGAGACCUUGCCGGACUCGUCGGGGAUGAACCUUGCGAUCGCGGAGCAGCAAUCUUCUGGUCUGCCGGCUCCGCCUCACACCCCGCAACGCUUGCACCCAUUGCAGCGAUCUCCUGGAAUCCACGGCGAAUAUACUUCACCUGCGCUUCCCAGUAGCGACCGCCCCGAAGGAACCAUGCAGAGCUCGCAAGACUAUGCGUACAUGAUGCAGCGCAACAUGUCCCCUGGACGACUUCCCAACAUGUCGCCCGAGGGUCAUACGGUGUACCCUCCGCAUCACCCGCAUAACUACUCGGCCGAGUAUGGGAUGGUGAGUCGGCUGAGCAGAACCCAGCCAGAACCGCUUCAAGCUUGUAGUGACUGACGCGAGCCCCUGCGUCUUCCUUCCUACAGCAUCCGCAGCAGCACCCGGGCAUGCAACAGCACCAUUCGCAACAGCAACAUCCGCACCACAUGUCACCCGAGCAUGGUCACCCCCACUCUCAACACUACCAACGCUCCCCAGGCCCUUCGCCUCACCUGCAGCAUGCUGGAAUCCCGACCGAGCCGCCGAUGGGGAUGUACGAACAGCCCUCGGUGCUUAUGCAACCCCACUCGCAGCACCCGCACCACUCGCCACAGCGCCGUGGUCCGGGACCCGAGUUGUACCACCAGGGAGGAGGGUAUGAGGAAGGGACGUACAUGCAGGAAAGGCGGUGA